AUGAAUCCAAUAAGGUAAAUUCAAAAUCAAUAUGGAUCUCCUAGUUAGCCCUCGCAAACCUAGCCAUAGCCUUAGUCAUUUUAUUAGAAUAAUUUUUCUCCUCAGCAUUAAAUCUAACCUUAGCAAGUAAUUUUACAGCAACAAUUAAAUAUAAAUCAUCAGAGAGCAAGUUUUCCUCCUCCACCAAUUAUUUAACCUUAGAAUUACUUUCCUCUUUUUCCAUCUUUAAACCAGACUCCAACUUAGCAGUAAUUUUAACAACAAAGAGGAUUUGUUAUUCCUCACAGAGAAGCAAAUACAUCUAUUUUCACUAUGGCAGAAGUGUAAGAAAGGCCUGAGUCUCUAGAAUAAAACAAUUUAAAGAAUAUGCAAGAAUUCAUGAAUUUCAUAGAUACCUUUGCUGACAAAGAUAAUUACUUCUGUUAAAUUUGCCAUAACAUACUCUGGUAACCAGUAAGUUGCAAUCAUUGCAGUAAAAUUUACUGUAGAGAUUGCUUGAGUCGUUGGGUUGAUUAAUACUCUACCUGUCCAACUUGUAGAGACAGAUUUGAAUUGAAGAAAGUUGAUAAAUCAAUUACAAAUAACCUCUCUAAGCUUGUCUUUAUUUGCAAUGCUCAAAGUAGUGGCUGCACUGAAUUUAUAAAUUAUGAUUCACUUUUAAAGCAUCAAAAUACAUGCUUGUAUUAAUCUCUACAUUGUCCUAAUAUUGGUUGUGAUUUCUAAUCCAUUCGCAAAGAAAUGGUUGACCAUGAGAAAAUUUGUCCUCACUAUUAGCUAAAAUGUAAAUGGUGUGAGAGAUCUAUUAAGAGAAUGAAUGAGGUUUAGCAUGACCUUAUAUGUGAAAUGAAAAAAUUAGGGUGCGAAAACGAAGGAUGCUAAAUCACUUUAACUAGAGCAGAAAUGAACAUUCAUAUUUAGGAAUGUCCAUACAAUAUUUAGAAAUGCAAUUUAUGUAACCAAGAAUUUAAACUAAAGGAUCUUGCUAGACAUUAAGAAUGCUGUGAUUUCAAAAUAGAAUAAUGCAAAGGUUGUAAACAGAGUAUGUAUAAAAAAUAGAUUGUUUAGCAUGAAGAAAACUGUGAAGAAGUAGAGUUGAUAUGUCCUGACUGCACAGAUGUUAUACAAAGAAAAAACCUAGCCAGUCACGAUCAAAUAACUUGUUUGAAAAGAGGUUAAAAAAUUCUAUUAGAAGCUAAAACUCAAUUAUAAUGCGAAAAUGCUUGUCUAAAGAAAGACAUAGAAACAUUAAAACUAUGUGUUGCCUAACUCUAUUCUGAGAUCUAAGAUAUAGCCUCAGAUAAGCAUGAAAAAAGAAAUUCUAUGAUGAAAAUUUUAAGACCUCAAUAAUGA